AUGACCUUGGUUUUGACUCUAUUCUUUUUCCUUUGUGUGUCGGCGGUGUCGUUGUCGUGGGCACAAAAUUUCGGCACGGACAGUGAAGUACCCGCAGUGCUCAGCUACAACUCGCCACUGCGCCGUCCCGAUAGUUUAAAAUCACGUCCAUAUUUCGAUUUUCUCAGUACCCUGUACCGACAUGAUACCGAAAAAUCGAGUCUCUUCCAACCCUAUUAUCCACGCAGCAGACGUAGUGUUGCCGACACUGAACCCAUUGCUGUUGCUGCGGAUAACCACGAGAACAGUCGUCAACGUCGUGCUAUUGUUUUUCGUCCACUAUUUGUCUACAGACAGCAAGAAGUUCGGAAGCAAGAGGUGCAGGAGGAACGUAGACGUGUUUAA